ACCACAACCACUCACCACUACCCCCCACUCACCACUGCCACAACCACCCACUCACCACUACCAGUACCACUCAGCACCAUGUCCUUCAGCUUGACCUUCCACGAGAUCCUUGACCAUAACAUCCGCCAUGUCUACAGCGGGGUGCCGCUACAGCUGACCUACAGACAUUCCAGCGAGUACCCAAACAUGGACCAGCUGCGGCAGAAGCGAGACAACCAGACGUUGAAGAACAACGUGCUGAGGACCUCGGAGUACACCGCUGAGUACAAGUGUCUCAUCCCACGCGCCCCCGCCUUCAGGCUGCUGUCCAGGCACGAG